UGGACAAAAAUGAUUUUGAAAAAGUAAACAAAAAGACUUAAAGUGAUCUCUUGACCUGGUUUGCUCAAGCUCAUGAAGCUAUCAAUAAAUAAGACCUAGUCUGAUCUAAAAUGAACAUGUCUUCAAAAUGUUAAAUUAGUCAUUCAUAUUGGAAUCGCCAUUUUACACCUUUCUGGAAGUUUCACAUAUUGGGGUUAAAUUUGCCUGCAGAUAUCCAACUUAGAGAAAAAUUAAGCUCGGCAUGGGAAUACACAAACGAACUGUACUUCAGGCUACAGCUUUUGGGCAGAGAACCAGAAGGCUUGCUCUUCCUCUCUUCAAAUUUCUUUCAAUCUCUCAAGAAACAACACCUGGCGACACAGUAAAGUGGAGAAAUAUCCAUUCACCGAAAAUUCAAAGCUAGGGAGAUGGGUCGACUUGAUGGAAAAGUGAUUGUACUCUCUGCAGCAGCACAAGGCAUUGGGCGAGCAUGUGCAAUUGCAUUUGGAAAGGAAGGUGCCAGGGUUAUUGCUACUGAUAUAAAUGAAGAGAAACUAAAGGAAUUGGAGCAAUAUUCUGGUAUUGAAACAAAAGUACUGGAUGUGACUCAGAAAGUGCAAGUAGAAAUGCUGGCCAUGGACAUUGAAAAAAUUGAUGUUCUGUUCAACUGUGCAGGCUUUGUCCAUCAUGGCACCAUUCUGGAUUGUGAAGACAAAGACUGGGAUUUUACUAUGAAUCUGAAUGUCCGCAGUAUGUAUUUGAUGAUCAAAGCCUUUCUACCUAAGAUGCUUGCUCAGAAAUCUGGCCAUAUCAUCAACAUGAGCUCCGUGGCAUCCAGUAUCAAAGGUGUUGUAAACAGAUGUGCAUACAGCUCAUCCAAGGCAGCUGUAAUUGGAUUGACCAAGUCUGUUGCUGCAGAUUUCAUUGAACAAGGCAUCGUUUGCAACUGUGUAUGCCCAGGUACUGUGGACACGCCAUCCCUGAGAGACAGAAUCCAAGCCAGGCCAAAUCCUCAACAGGCUUUGAAAGAUUUCCUGGGAAGGCAGAAGACCGGUCGAAUGGCCACUGCUGAGGAGGUGGCUCACCUUUGUGUAUAUCUGGCAUCUGAUGAAUCGGCCUAUGUAACUGGAAAAGAAUUUGUCAUCGAUGGAGGAUGGAGCUUAUGAACGUUAUAUUGCCAUGAAUGGUGAAUAAUGCAAUGAUCUAUCAUCAAAACUAGAUUGUGUUUGGUGAUGACGUAGACCGGAUGUGGUAUUCUUUCAAUUAUGAAUGGAUAAUGUAAUUUUCAGUUCUGUAAAUUUGAUAUUGAUUUUUUUUCAACAUGACUCCCCAUAUAGAACUUAUCCCCAGUGCACUGCACUUUAACCAAUUGCCUACUUCUUGCCAAAAGUAUAUCUCCCUGAUGCCCAGAUUGUGGCAUUGGAAACGUGCAUUUAUAAAAACAGCCAAUCGGGAAUAAUACAGCACUGAAGGAGGCCAUUCAGCCCAUGUGUUUGUGCUGGCUCUGAAACAGCAAUCCAGUUGGUGCCACCCUGUCCUCCCCCCACCUCUCUUCAAAUAGUUAUCAAAGUUAUCGUUGUUGUUAAAUCCGCUUCCAUCACCCUCUUGGAGAAUUCAUUUCAGAUCCUAACUUGCUGUUUCUGGUUCAUUACCAGUGCUCUUAGACUGUGGGUCCUGAUGAUCGAGACUUAUUUACCUCACUGUUUUGUAACAAGUCUUCCCUUAACCUUCUCUGCUUUAAGGAAAGCAGCCCCAGUUUCUCCUGGUUUUCCACAUAACUGAAAAUGUUUACUCCGAAAGCAUUCUAUUCAAUUCCCUUUAUACUAUUUCUAAGGCCUUGAUAUCUUGUGGUGUCUAGAAUUGAUCUAAAUGCACCAUUCAGCAAAAAAAAAUUAUGUUUAUGUAGUACCUUUCCUCACCACUGGACAUUGCUUGUUCCAACCAGUGAAGUACUUUUUAAAUGAUGUGUAAUCACUGUUGUAAUGUGGGACAUACACCAACCAAUUUGCUCACAGCAAAAUCCUGCAAACAGCAAUGUGAUAUUGACUGGGUAAAUACAACCAUUGAAUCUUUUUGUGAUUUUUGACAGAUAAUUAUUGACCAUGACACCUUGCAGAUUCUCCCUCUGUUUUUUUCCAAAUAGUGUAAUGAGAUCUUAUUAAUCCAGCCGAGAUAGCAAGCUGAGUGUGGUAUCCUACCCAAAAGGCUGACCUCCACACAGUAUAGCACACCUUCAGUACUACACUGAGCUGACCGCUUUGCUUUUUGUGCUCAAGUCCUGAAGUGGAAGUUGAACCUUAAAAGUGCUGUUAACUGAGCCAGAAUUCACACUUUAAAGGCAGAUUGUAAACUGUGCCAAUAACCUCCACAGUUUCCACCUGUACAUCCCUUAAAAAACCAAGAAUACAUUCCAUCCAGACCAGAUGGUUUGUAUUGUGACCUUGGUAGUAUCCCCUUCUGUAAUAUUGCUCAAAAAGACAUAUUUGAUCAAAGGCACAUCGGUUGUCAGUUAGGUUGGCAGUGUGACAUACCUAUACGUGUUGGAAGCUACAUUUAUCAAUCCACAGGACCCUGUUCUUUACAGACAGAAAGAACACAUUCAUGUACUGCACCUGUUUAGACUCAACAAAAUACGUGACUGGUUAAAGCAUUGCUCAAGAAAGAAACCAAUCAGAGGAAACCUUCCUGGUUUAAAAUGUAAACAAAGCUUGGCAGUUAACUGUCAGUUAUUAAUUAGUGCAUUCUCCAUGCAAUGCAUUUACCAAUCAAUGUCUACUAGCCAAUCAAUCAGCACUCUCUUCUCACACAGUAUGUUUGUUUUCCUCUUUUUUGGUAUUUCUGUCUGAAUUGUCCUGAUGAUUGCAACAUCAAAAACUUUUACCAAAAGUGCCUUUCUCAGCAAUACUUAAUUCUGUCAAACACCUAUUCCCUUCUUUAGUGAAUGAAAAUAUUAUAUCAUUUAACUCUUCACACAAGACAAUUUCCUUUUCAUCCCUAAUUAACUAGACCCAUCCUUUGAUUAUCCUUUCCACUAUUUACAGUCAUAGAGAUGUACAGCGCAGAAACGGACCCUUCGGUCCAUCUCAUCCAUGCUGACCAGAUAUCCUAAUCUAAUCUAGUCCCAUUUGCCAGCACGUAGCCCAUAUCCCUCUAAACCCUUCCUAUUCCUAUACCCAUCCAGAUGCCUUUUUAAAUGUUGUCAUUGUACCAACCUCCACCACUUCCUCUGGCAGCUCAUGCCAUAUACGCACCACCCUCUACAUGAAAAGUUGCCCCUUAGGUCCCUUUUAUAUCUUUCCCUUCUCACCCUAAACCUCUGCCCUCUAUUCUGGACUCCCCCACUCCAGGGAAAAGACCUUAUCUAUUUAUCCUAUUCAUGCCCCUAAUAAUUUUAUAAACCUCUAUAAGGUCACCCCUCAGCCUCCGACGCUCCAGGGAAAACAGCCCCAGCGUGUUCAGCCUUUCCCUGAGCUUCCUAUAGCUAAACAUUUAUAUGUUUAUAAAACAGUUUUAAAUUAUCUUUGGUGUUAUUUGUUGACCUAUUCUCUUUAUUGCUUUGACUGUCAUUUCCUUUUCCAUUUUCAACCUGCUUCUUUGAUGUUUAUUGUAAGUUUGCCUUUUUUCUGUUUCACUUUAAUCUCUGUGGCUCAGAGAUUCCAAUGACCAUAGUCAUUUUUUGCUUUAUAGACUGGACUUGUACACAGGGACCAUGCAGAAAACCUGACCUAGCUAAAACCCGAACGAAACUGUCUGGGAAACUGAGAAUUCCAAUGUGCAGUUUCACCAAAAAAGCCCAUUAAAGUUGGAGAAUUUGGAAGAUUCUGGUAUAACGUAGCCAGGAGAGGUUAGAAAAUUAAAGAACCUACUUUAACCCUGGGAAACUAUUAAACUGAACUGCCAAAUCAGUACGAAUGAACUCUGCUCACUUUCUCAAUCUAUAUUCUGAUAAUUGGAGCCCUGAAUAUCAUUCCUGUAAAGUUUUUACAUCUUUGUGACCUAAUCCUCUCCGGUCCAUUUCUAGGUGCCACACUUUGGGAAGCAUGUUAGAAAGGACAUAGACAGAUCCAUGACCGUCGUUCUCGGAUUGAGGAACAUCAGUUACAAAGAUGUAUUGUAAACAUUAAGACAGUUUUUCUUGGUGAAGGGACAAUAUGUUGGAGAGACCUGAACAGAGUAAAUAUAAAGAACCUGCUUCCAGUUGUGAAUCAGUCAGGAACAAAAGGCACCAGAUUGAAAGGUACUUGGCAAAGGAAGUGAAGCAACAAGUUGUUCUCACAGUGAAUGGCUAGGAAUUAGAAUGGGUGCUGAGACUGUGGGAGAGGCAGGUUUAAUCAAAAAGGUUUCCCAUAGUUAUAGGGAGCUGGUGCAGAGGCGAUGAGCAGUUCUGUAAUUAACUUCCCACUUUGGUAGGUCUGUAGUAUACACCAGCAAUAUAAGAGCUCAUCUAUUGUCUCCUAAUUCAAAGCAAUGUAUCCUAUCUUUGACCUCCCAGAUGCAUUGUCAUUUUUCGCUCAGCAACUAUAUCUUUGUUUGAAACUGUCAAACCCCCUCUUUUACUUUCCAUAUCGUUUCAGCAUAUAUUAUAGAUAGGGGAUUUCUGUUUAAGUUAGGUCCCUGUUUGUAAUCCCAUGUGACAAGAUACAUCUUUAGUUACUGUACUCCCCAUGUCUACACAUAGAUGCUGCCCAAUUUUGAUCUCCUUUGCCUUUGGCUGGUCCCUUCUACCUUACUCUAUUGCUGUUCUCCCCUUCAACCUUCUGUACACCUCCUUCCUAAUGCUUUAUUCCAGUGCCCCCUUCCCCAUUUCUUGACCUAAAGUCUUUAUCACAGCAUUAGUUAACCAUCCUUUGUGAACGUUGAUGUAGUCCUAUCAAGAUGCGACACUUUCCCACUGCUCCUGAUUGGUUCUAAACAAUUGGAAAUCUUCCAUUGGGCUGCAGUUUCCACCAAUCUCCCUUAAUGCAUGUUCCCAUGUUCAGUAGCUGCAAUGUUUUACUUUUGAUCAUUCGUUGGAAUGUUAACCAAUGCUGCUGGGUGUUGAUGUGUCUGUUUGCAAUUUUGUGUAAAAUAUAAGUAAACAUCUUGGCAAUAUGUCAGUGACUGAAAUAAUUUGAGCAGACUGGGCCUUCCUUCUGGGGAAGAAAAGAGCAAGAGGAAAACUGAUGAAUCUUUUAAAAUUACAAAGGGAUUUGAUAAAUUAGAUAUGUGGAAAUUAUUUCUGCAUGUGAGCAAAUUAUGGAAGAGAGUGUGUAAAUAAAAG